ACGAAAGGCCUGCUAAUUGAUUUCGCCUAGGUGGAACAUAUGCUGCCUCGCCGGAUACACCGUCUCCUGUCUACCCUGACCGCCUGAUUCGACCUCUACCGAAACGUCCAUUGCGGUCUCGGCUAUCCCCAGACGCUGCAGGAACUAUUCUGUUCCCUCCUGCACCACCUGUCUCUCAACUUUUUUAUGGCUCCUAUCCGGAGCAUGAGGAAUCUCGUGAUAACAAAGUGUACAUGCAACAGCAACACUCCGUGAACUCUUACAGGCAUGAUAAUAGCCCUGACAGAGAUCAACGACAUCCAUACGAGAAUGGCAUCUCCGAGGUAGAGAGUGGUGAUGAAGGGAGUCCCGUCGUAGUCCGCCGUAGUGCUGGCUUCCGAGGAUCAUCACUAUCACCUUCAACUCCUGUUCCAAAUGGGCAGGUGCAACUAAUGACCCAGUCAUCUCCUGGUGGUGCUGACGGUUACGAUGCGUUUGAAAACACCAACAACAAGAAGAAGCGAAAGAUCCCCACUUCUGGAACUUUGAACAGUCAUCAUUCCAGUCUUACUUCAGAGCAUGCUACUGCGGGGAUAUCUGGGUCUACCACGGGGUCGCCCGCGACCUUGGCUGAUUCUGGGGCUGGUACAUACUAUGGUUCUGGUAGUCCUGCUACCUCGAGUGUUGGAAAUGGUAUAUCUGGGCCAGGACGUGGUCGCUACGGACGUCACGCACCACGCGCUAUUGGCAUCCGUAAUUCCCUUCCUGUUCAUUCUCAGAACGCUUGGCUUGGUGGACGACCUGGUAGUAGUCGCAGGGAUCUUCUAUCAUCCUCGCACCAAGGGACAGGUGAGAAGUCAGACCAGGGCAUCAUUUCCACAGCAAUCGCAAACGCGGCCGCUCUUUCGCCUUCAACAAAAGGGGGAAACAAUGUCAGCUUGCUUGAACAACAAGCUAGUAAGACGUCUCCUACCAAAACUCAAUUUACCUUUACGUGCGAGUCGGAUAGCUCCAAAAACAUCGCUUUGCAUCCUCCGAAUCCCUAUCCGCUGUCUCAUCAACGCAUUCCAAAUCCCUCCAUGCCAGCAACAACACCGAACUCGCGCGACUUUGCUACUCAAGGCACACAAACCAGUCCUCAUAUGGGUGCUGUCACUAGCCAACAACAAUCAGUCCCUGGUACCGGUACUCCCUCUCAUAAUCCAGGUCAAAGGCCUAGACGGUCUCGGGAUAGCAUCUAUGCUCUUGCAGCUCGCCGCCGCAAAAUCCAACAGCAUUAUGCCAACGCUCACAAUCCACCGAGUCCGGAAGACCUGUGGAUUUGUGAGUUUUGCGAGUAUGAAACCAUAUUUGGCGAACCUCCCAGAGCACUUAUUCGACAGUAUGAGAUCAAAGACCGGAAGGAGCGCCGCCGUUUGGCUGAGAAAAGACGUCUUCUCGAAAAAGCGAAAAUGAAGGGACGAAAGAAUAAGAAGGCAACGAAGAAUUCAGCAAAGCAUCCGAAUGCUCAACAACCGACUCAUCACCACCACUCUGAUCAUCAUCACAUGGAUUCGCCGCAUCCUGAUGAUUACCUAAAUGGAUAUGAUGAUGAUGUUCCCCCGAUGACUGCCCCUGCUCCUCCGCAACAGAAUGUAAACCGACCACCGACUGUUACAUCGAACGCGGGUCGACCGCCUCCUCUUGCAGAGCCAAUUCUACCCGAAGGCACAGGUGGUAGCAGAGGCAUGAAUCGGCCAGCCUGAGGAAUCUGCCGAGUAGAUAGACUUACUGCCCAUGUACUUCCAGCUGUCUCUUUCCAAACCCAGCACGCCCAGGAAUGUGGGUGCGGAGUAGACCGAUCUUCAAGACAUGCUGGUCAACGAUAUAGAGACAUUUCUAUCUAUCAGGUUCAUUUUCUCAUCAUUUAUGUUUCGGUGGCAUCGUU